GGGAACAGUGCCUCUUUGAGCGACAUAGAUAUGUGUGAAACUGUAUAUGUGUAUGCCGGUUCAUAUUAAAAUAUGGCGGAUAUUGAGUUAGCGAAAGCGUUAAAAGAUCUACCAAAUCGUAUCCAAACUUCACGUAAAAAAGAACGACAGCAAAUUAUACAAAAUGUUAUUCAUGUAUUGUCAAAUCCUGGCAUUACUGAAAAAGUCGUUAUCGGGUUGUGUAAAGUUAUAUCAAUUACUCUUCAUCGAUAUAAAGACACAGCAUCUCAAUCUUAUGUGAAAAAAUUAAUAAGUGCUUUAUUAAAUCAUCAUCAAGAUUUCACAAUAAAAGCUAUGGCUAAUAUUGUUGUAGAGCAAGCUUUAUGGCAUCAAAGUGUAAUUCCGACUUUAAGCACAGCACUAACUGCAUAUCUUACUUUGAAAUGGACAAAUCUGGUUAUUCAUUCAAUCAACACAAAUGAAUUUGAGAAUCAUUUAGAAUGUCUUAAAUUGAUAGAAUCUCAAGCAAUGUUGAGUGCAACUGUUUUAGCAUGCAAUGAUCGUAAGCUAAGUAAAAAAGUUUAUUCUCUUUUCAUUCAUUUAUGGAAAAGUAAACCAGGCAUCGAAAAAAUUUAUAUUAAUAAUUUAUUAAAGUUAGAAGCAAGUAAUGGAGUUAUUGUUCUUUCAAGUUUAUUAAUUCAACAUUUGGUAAAUGAAAAAAAAGAUGAUAUUAUAGAUUCAUUUAAAACUAAUUUAAUGGGAGUUUUUGUAAAGGUUUGUAUUAGUUCAAAAAAGAAACCUGCACUUUUUGUAGUUGAUGCAGCAGUUCCGUUUCUUCGACGACUAACUCAUGAUGAUUUUGAAAAUCAAUUACUUCCUGCUUUACAGAAAGCAAUGUUAAGAAAUCCUGAAAUUAUUAUUCAAUCUUUAGGACAUAUAUUAUCAGGAUUAAAUUUAGAUCUUUGUCGAUAUAGUGAAAAUAUCAGUAAAGGACUUUUUCCUAAUUUACAUUCUAAAGAAGAUAAUGUACGAAAUGAUGCUGCGGAUGCUUUUCGAUGUUUAGCUCUUCAAUGCUCUGAUCCAGGAACAUUAGAAAAUCUUUUAUCAUCACUUUUUGCAAUUUUUCAUGGCUCAGAAGGUAAAUUAACAGUUGCUACACAUAAAAUAACAGUUCUUCAGAGUGCUGGAAAUUUAAGCUUUAAUGCAGUGUCAGGAAGUAAUGUCCAAAAAGUUGCAGAACAUGCUUGUAAUCAUUUUAUUCAAAUUUUGGAUGUUGAAGUACAUGAAAAAACAUUAAUUUAUGCAUUAGAAAUGAUGAGUCUUUGGUGCAUUAAAUUUUCAAACGAAAUUCCUAAAAAUAUUAUUGAAAGUUUUAAAAAAAUAAUGAAUGCCAAGAAUUCUAGUACAGGAAUCCGUACGGCUUUCAUAAAACUUUUAUUUUCACUUCCAUUUAUGUCUUCUGUUGCAACUGUUAUCCCAAUUUUAAAUCAAGUUAUCACAAAAGCUAUUCAACAGUCAAAUCAAGCUUCAGCCGUUACUGAAGGUCUAAUAUCAGCUACUUUAUUACUCAAGUUAAUAAAUGAAGGACAAGUAGAUAAUGAUAAACAAAGUGUUUUUUGGACUGCUAUUGAUGAUCAAAUAUUUUUUUCCGAUAAAUUUUUAACGAGCUGUGGAGAUGAAAAUCUUUUUUAUUUAAUGCAAUUUUGCAGUAAUUUAAUAAUGGAGUUUACUGAUAGAUUGAAUGAAAAAACUCUACAAGGAGUUUAUCGAGCAAUUAUUGUGUGUGUUAUUGCAUCAAAUCAAAGUACUAGACGACGAUGUACAAGUCUUCUCCAGAAAAUGUUGACUGGACUGAGCUUUUAUGAUCCUGUUAAAGCAUUGAUUGAAGAAUUUAAAAAAAUGCUUGAUACAUUAAAAAUUCGAAUGGAUUCGGAAAAAGAGAAUAAAGAAGAUUCAAAUAGUUAUGAUUUUAAUGGACGUUGCUUAGCUGAUGGAUUAGUUGCUAUUUGUUCUGCAACUUUUUCAUGUGAUUAUCCAAAAUUACAGCUUCUUGGUGAUGCAUUAAUUCCUGCUCAUCAUCCAUAUAUAAUGAAAAAUGUAUCAUAUCUGUGGAUUAAAAUAUGUAGAAACAUGAAACAACAGCCACACGAAUUUUUUGAAAUUUAUCAAAAUGAAAUACAUGUAAUGUUUAUUGAUAAUUACAAACCUACACCUUCAUAUGAAAAUGCUCUUGCUACAAUAAUUAACUUUGCACCAGCAGUAUUACUUCCUUCAUUAAUAGAAAAUGUCAUUAAUAAUUUAAAUGAUCCAGAAAUACUUAAAGUUACAAAAGAUGAAUAUUUUAUUUAUCAAACACCUGAAGGUGAACUAUACGAUAAAAGUGUUCUUCCUGACAAUGAUGAAAACGAUAUUUUAUAUUCUAUGAAUAUGAAACGAGAAAGUAAAGCUUAUUCAUUCAAAGAGCAACUUGAAGAACAUCAGCUUAGACGAGAAUUAUAUGAAAAAAGAAAGCGAGAAGGUAAAAUUAAAGAGCAAAAAUUAACCCCAAAACAAGAAGAAAUUCUCAAAGCUCAAAUUGCUAAAGAGCAUGCAAUUAGGGAAAGAUUAAGUAAAUUAUUUUAUAAAAUUACUUGUGCUAUUUCAAUGAUUAAUUCAGCAGUACGAGGAAAUAGUUUUAAAUUAUCUUUCUACAUUAAAGAUCUUCUUCCAGUGAUUUUAGAAAAUUUAUCUUCACCAUUAGCAGCUCCAAUACUAUCUCAAUUGUACGUUGACCUUCAAAAAAUUAUCACUAUGGGAUCACCAGAUGAUUUAAUUUUAAAGAAUUUAAUUGCUCAUGUAACUCUUCGUCAACAGCAGCCUCAGUGUGACUUGGAUCCUGCUUGGAAUGAAGAAGAACUAGAAAUAACAGUUAAAAGAACAUUACAUUUAUUACAUAAUUUAACUGUUAAACAAAAAUAUUUGAUGAAUGCACCAGCAUUUUGUUAUAUUUUUCCAUUUAUUACAAAAACAUUACUUACUUGGCAAGAUGAAGGUAUGACAACUCAGGGUCUACAUAUUGUUCAAGAAUAUGCUAAACAAAGAGGGGAAGAAAACAAUUGGAAUGAUCCAAGACAUCCAAGAUUAUUACCCAGAAAACAAAUGUUGGAUCUUUUAAUAGAAUUAAUGGGCAUAACUAAUGGUCGAGUUCAAUCUCAUGCUGUCGCUACAUUCUUAGAUGUUGCCUAUUCUGGCAGUGGUAUACUUGGAACUACUUUAGCUACUUCUGAUGAUAUUAAUUCAUUAAUUAGUGCCCUAGAGAAUCCUCUAGUAACAGUACGAGAUGCUGCUCUUCGAGCUCUAAUGAUACUUCGGAAAAGUUUUCCAACAGAAGAGUCUGAUGAAAAAUUAUAUCGUUUAUUAAUUCGACGUAUUUGGAUUUCAAAAUUUGAUAUUAAUGAAGAGUGUAGAAUUUUAGCAAAUGAAAUCUGGGAAGUAAGUGAAUGUAUCGCAAAUGGAGACAUUCUCUGUGAUGAUUUAAUUCAAGAUGUAGCUCAUCCAGUUGAGCCAGUUCAACAAGCAACAGCAUAUGCUCUUGCAUCUCUCCUUACCAAUAAUACACAUUUAGUACAAAAAAUUUUAAAUAAUCUCCUACAAUUAUAUAAAGAAAAACUUGCAAUGAUUCCACCAAAAUUAAAUGACUUUGGAAGAGUUGUAGAGCAACCUAUAGAUAUUUGGGGACCUAGAAGAGGAGUAGCAUUAGCUUUAACACAAUUAGCACCUUUAAUAAGCCCUGAAACUAUUAAUCAACUGAUUGAAUUUUUUGUAUUAACCGGAUUAGGUGAUAGGAAUGCAUCUGUUCGUCAAGAAAUGCUCACUGCUGCUUUGGCAGCAGUAGAUCUUCAUGGAAAAUCAAAUAUUACAUCACUCUUACCCGUAUUUGAAGAAUUUAUGGAUAAAGCUCCAAAAAUUGGUAGUUUUGAUGCUGUAAAACAAUCUGUAGUCAUUUUAAUGGGUUCUUUAGCAAGACACCUUGAUAAAGAUGAUCCAAGAAUUAAACCAAUUGUUAUGAGACUUAUUACAGCACUAUCAACACCCUCUCAACAGGUACAAGAAGCUGUUGCAAACUGUUUACCUCAUUUGGUUCCUUCUAUCAAAGAAGAUGCUCCAAAAAUUGUUGAAAAUCUUAUGGAUCAACUAUUAAAAUCUGAUAAAUAUGGAGAAAGAAAAGGAGCUGCUUAUGGACUUGCUGGAAUUAUUAAAGGCAUGGGAAUUCUUGCUCUCAAACAAUUAGAUAUUAUGACCAAGUUAACUUCAGCUAUUCGAGAUAAAAAAAAUUAUAGACAUCGAGAAGGAGCACUCUUUGCAUUUGAAAUGCUUUGUACUAUGCUUGGAAGGCUUUUUGAACCUUAUAUUGUGCACGUUUUACCCCAUUUAUUAUUAUGUUUUGGAGAUUCUAGUCAAUAUGUAAGGACGGCUACUGACGAUACUGCAAGAGUUGUUAUGAGUAAACUUUCCGCUCACGGAGUUAAAUUAGUCUUACCUAGUCUUUUAGCUGCGCUAGAAGAAGAUUCUUGGAGAACUAAAACUGGAUCUGUAGAAUUGCUUGGAGCGAUGGCAUAUUGUGCACCAAAACAACUCAGUAGUUGUUUACCAAAUAUUGUUCCUAAACUGAUUGAAGUUUUGAGUGAUUCUCAUACUAAAGUUCAAGAAGCAGGUGCAGAAGCAUUAAAAGUUAUAGGAAGUGUUAUAAGAAAUCCAGAGAUUCAAGCAAUUGUUCCAGUACUUCUUAAGGCUUUGCAAGAUCCAUCUAGAAAAACAGCCAUGUGUUUACAAACUCUGUUAGAUACCCAAUUUGUACAUUUUAUUGAUGCUCCAUCUCUUGCUCUUAUCAUGCCUGUUGUUCAACGGGCAUUUAUGGAUCGAUCGACGGAAACAAGAAAAAUGGCUGCUCAAAUAAUAGGAAAUAUGUAUUCACUAACAGAUCAAAAAGAUUUAACACCUUAUUUACCUACAAUUAUUCCAGGCCUUAAAACAAGUCUUUUGGAUCCUGUACCAGAAGUGAGAAGUGUUUCUGCUCGAGCACUUGGAGCUAUGGUCCGUGGAAUGGGUGAAUCAAGCUUUGAAGAUCUUCUUCCAUGGCUUAUGCAAACAUUAACAUCAGAAACAAGUAGUGUUGAUCGUUCUGGUGCCGCACAAGGUUUAUCUGAAGUUGUACGAGGUUUAGGAGUAGAGAAACUUCAUAAACUGAUGCCAGAAAUAAUAAGUACCGCUGAAAGAACUGAUAUUGCUCCUCAUGUUAAAGAUGGAUACAUUAUGAUGUUUAUUUAUAUGCCAAAUGCAUUUACUACAGAAUUUACACCAUAUAUUGGUCAAAUUAUCAACCCAAUUCUCAAGGCUCUUGCAGACGAAAACGAAUAUGUUAGAGAAACAGCUUUAAGGGCUGGUCAAAGAAUUGUAACACUUUAUGCAGAUUCAGCUAUCAUGUUGUUGCUUCCAGAACUCGAAAAAGGACUUUUUGAUGAUAAUUGGAGAAUUAGAUAUUCUUCAGUUCAACUUCUUGGUGAUCUUCUUUAUCGAAUUUCUGGAGUUUCAGGUAAAAUGUCAACAGAGACAGCUAGUGAAGAUGAUAAUUUUGGUACGGAACAAUCCCAUCAUGCUAUUAUCAAUGCUCUUGGUGCUGAAAGAAGAAAUAGAGUUUUGGCAGGACUGUACAUGGGUAGAUCUGAUGUUGCAUUGAUGGUACGGCAAGCAGCACUUCACGUUUGGAAAGUGGUUGUUACUAAUACACCUAGAACACUUCGGGAAAUUUUACCUACGCUUUUUAGUCUUUUACUGGGAUGUUUGGCAAGUACAAGUUUUGAUAAACGUCAAGUAGCAGCGCGAACACUUGGAGAUCUUGUAAGGAAAUUAGGAGAAAGAGUUUUACCUGAAAUUAUUCCAAUUCUCGAACGAGGACUUCAAAGUAAUCAGCCAGAUCAAAGACAAGGUGUUUGCAUUGGCCUAUCAGAAAUAAUGGCAAGUACUAGUAAAGACAUGGUACUAACAUUUGUCAAUAGUCUUGUCCCUACAGUUAGAAAAGCUCUUUGUGAUCCACUUCCGGAAGUAAGACAAGCAGCAGCAAAAACAUUUGACAGUCUUCAUUCAACAGUUGGCGUUCGUGCUCUUGAUGACAUUCUUCCUUCUAUGUUAAUUCAAUUAAAUUCACCAGAUCCAGCAAUAGCCGAAAAUACUCUUGAUGGUUUACGUCAAGUGAUGGCUAUAAAAUCAAGAGUUGUUUUACCAUAUUUAGUACCUCAAUUAACAACUCCACCUGUUAAUACAAAAGCUCUUUCCAUCUUAGCCAGUGUCGCGGGUGAAGCUUUAACUAGAUUUCUUCAUAAAAUUCUUCCUGCACUUUUGACUGCUCUUUCUUCGGCUCAAGGAACCACUAAUGAAACUCAAGAACUUGAAUAUUGCCAAGCAGUUAUUUUAUCAAUAUCUGAUGAAACUGGUGUUCGUACAGUAAUGGAUCAGUUAAUGGAUGCAACAAAAGCUGAUGAUUCUUCGAGAAGAAGAGGAGCAGCAACUCUUCUCUGUGCAUUUUGUCGAGAUUCCAGAGCGGAUUACAGUCAAUAUGUUCCUCAAUUAUUGCGUGGAUUAAUUCAUUUGUUUACUGACAAAGACAAAGAAGUUUUACAACAAAGUUGGGAAGCUUUGUCAGCAGUAACAAAAACUUUGGAUUCAGACCAACAAAUUUCUCAUUUACAAGACAUUCGUCAAGCAGUUCGUUUCGCUGCAUCUGAUCUUAAAGAACAAGAAUUAAUUCCUGGAUUUUGUCUACCAAAAGGUAUAACUCCGAUACUGCCAAUUUUUAGAGAAGCGAUUCUUAAUGGCAUGCCUGAGGCUAAAGAACAAGCAGCUCAAGGUCUUGGUGAAGUAAUUAGAUUAACUAAUGCAUCAGCUCUUCAGCCAAGUGUUGUUCAUAUUACUGGACCACUUAUUCGUAUUUUGGGUGACCGAUUCAAUUGGAGUGUUAAAGCAGCAGUACUCGAGACUUUGGCAAUACUUCUUGGGAAAGUUGGUGUUAUGUUGAAGCAAUUUCUUCCUCAGCUUCAAACAACUUUCCUUAAAGCUUUAAAUGAUAGCAAUCGACAAGUAAGAUUGAAAGCGGCAUAUGCUUUAAGUAAUCUCAUUGUUAUUCACACACGAGCAGAUCCACUUUUCUUAGAGCUUCAUUCAGGAAUUAAAAAUACGGAUGAUUCAGCUAUCAGAGAAACGAUGUUACAAGCUUUAAGAGGUGUUUUAACUCCAGCAGGUGAUAAAAUGACUGAUUCUAUGCGAAAACAAGUGUUUUUUUUAUUAAGUUCAAUGCUUGGACAUCCUGAAGACGUUACAAGAAAUGCAGUUGCUGGAUGUUAUGGUGCUCUUUUUCGUUGGUUAACACCAGAACAACUUACUAUUGCUUUUAAUGAUCAUUUAUUUAAUAAUGAUACUAACGUCGACUGGCAAUUACGCCAUGGACGAUCAGCUGCGUUAUUUGUUGCUUUAAAAGAAUCGCCAACAACUAUUUAUAUUCCAAAAGAACAAGAACGAAUUUGCAAAAUGAUAUUAACUUACUUACAAACAGACCGUGUCCAAAUAACUAUGAAUGGAGUUCGUGCUUGCGGAUAUCUCUUUCAACAUUUAAUGCAAGAAGGAUUCGUGAUUCCACCUGUGAUUAUAACACCUUUCGUGAAAUCGAUGAACAAUAACAGUAAUGAAGUCAAGCAACUUUUAGCAAGAGUUUGUAUCCACUUAGCUAGAAAUAUUCCUCCGGAAAAAAUGUCUACUGAUUUAUUGAAAUCACUUUUACCAAUGUUAGUUAAUGGAACAAAGGAAAAAAAUGGAUAUGUAAAAGCAAACAGUGAAUUAGCUCUUAUUGCAGUACUAAGACUUAAGCAAGGUGAUGAAGAGCAUCAACGAUGCAUUACUUUACUGGAUCCUGGUGCUCGGGAAUCACUUUCAGAUGUUGUAAGCAAAGUCUUGCGUAAAGUUUUAUCACAACCAGAAGGAAAAAUAGAAGAAUUAGAUGAUACAUUACUUACGUGAAAAUUAAUAUUUUUAUCAAAAUUAAAAAUUUACUUAUUUCAAUUAAAAGUUAAUCGUAAUAUUAGGAAAUUUAAUCAUUUCUAUUGGUAUACUCCCACAUUACACUGUUUUGAUUUCAAUUGUAAUAAUUAUUACUGCAAUCAUCAAUAUUGUUACUGUAAUUAUUUUUUUGUAUUAUUAUUUUUAUUAUUACGAUAAUUGUCCAUGUUAACGUUUAAAUCAUUGUACAAAAAGAUCG